UCGGGAUAAAUUAAUGGGGGGAAAGGUCUAUGAAGGGACGAAAAAAGAUUAAUGAGGUUGUCAAAUACGUAAGGAAAUAUACUUUACUACACAAAUAAAUAGAGGGAUGUUAAUAUGAAUCACACUUCUCCAGAAGAACAAUAGAAUCACCCAAACCCCAAGUUUAUCCUUUCCCAUAAAUGUGAUAAAUCUUCCAUCUUCCAUUUCUUAUUUCCCUCCACAACUUCUCCUCUAACUAAAAUCUUCCCCUUCCUUGAUUGCUCUGAUAAAUAUCAUUCAGCCCCAAAUUAUUAUUAAUACAUUAUAUAUAUCGAGAGAGAAAUCACGAGGAAACGCAUAAUCAUUUUAGGUGAAAUUAAGAAUGAUGGAGCCGCCGGAGCUUUUGUUAAGGCCUUCCCCCCAAGUUCUGUCACCCUGUAGCAGCGGGAGACGGAGUACUACUAAUAGUUCACCGGAAUUUGAGUUCUGGAUGGUCCGGAACCCAUCAUUCCCCCAGCCUAACCUUUUAUCCGCCGACGAGUUGUUUUCCGAUGGCGUCCUUCUCCCUCUUGACCACCUUCCACCCACCAUUUCUUCCGAAGACCCACCCGAAGAGGAUAAGCCGCCCGAUACAGCCGGGGUUUCGGGGUUUUCAGAUCAGUGUCCCGCUCCAGGAUCCGGAUUCGGACCCGGGGUUUCAAGGAUUGUGGAAGCGGAUGUCUCGGCGCAGCCCGCCGCAUUCACGUCUUCGAAGCGGUGGAAAGAUAUUUUCAAGAUUACCGGUGAUCGGAGAAGCAGCUCCAAGGCUAAUAAUAAUAAUAAUAAUAGUCAUGAUUGUGCAGUUGUAGAUGGUAGUAGUUGUAGUAAAGGCAAAAAAGCAAAAGACAAAGAAAAGAAAAAAGAGAAGAAAAUUAGUGGUUCUGGAAGCCACGGUGUCAGCGCCGCCGCUGAGCUUAACAUAAAUAUAUGGCCAUUUUCGAGGAGUAAAUCCGCCGGUAACGGCGGGAGUCGGCCGAGGAUGGUUGCCGGAGCGACCCGGAAGGUGAGCAGCGCCCCGUGCUCCAGGAGCAACUCUGCCAGCGAGUCAAAGUCUAGGAAGUGGCCCAGUAGCCCGGCCCGGACUGGUGUCCAUUUGGGCCGGAGUAGUCCAGUCUGGCAGGUCCGACACCACCGUUCACCCUCUUCCGGUACUGGUCUGGGUACCGCGGGGAAGAACGUUGUUGCCGGUGACCUUCCGGGUCCGGCCAAGAACACUGAAAAGCCCAUCAAAAGAGAAGUUAGCGAACUUCGCCGGAAAUAUUCGCCGGCGGCCGUGUGCACCACCGCCUCGGCCACAACCAGUAACAGUGGGUCUACAAAAGCAAAGGUUUUAACGUUGAACGUUCCGAUGUGUAUCGGGUACAGGAAUCACUUGAGCUGCAGAAGCGAUGAAAAUGGGGCGGUUAAUGUGGUGCCUGACGCCGCCGUCUGUGGUGAAGGAAUCGGCGGUGGUGGAAAUGGCUCCGACGAAGGGGUACGUGGCAGUAAUUUAUUUAAUAUCCGAAGCCUCUUUACCAAGAAAGUGCAUUAACCACUUUCCCGAGUUUUAUUGCAUUGUCAGUACUCAGUAGCGUUAGUACUCCUGUUUUCAAUUACUACUGUAUCUCUUUUUUUCUUUUCCUCUUUCUUUGUGUCAUUUCACUUUUUUUUUUUUUCAAUUCAUCUCCAUAACUCUGUUGUUAGCUGUAAGCCUGUAACUAGAAUCAUUAGUCAGCGAGAAGCCAUAUAUUAUAGGCGGCUGCUAUUUAGGAAGUCAGACAACUUCCAGCUUAUUAAAAUUACUUGCUUCAAUUUUUGUAGAUAUACUGGAAUUGAUUCAAUGGACAGUUUCUCUGGGUUUGUUGCUAAUUUUAAACUGAUGGUUUAUGUGAUUAUUAUUAUAUUUUGUAAGCAUUAUGGUGUUUCGCUUUCAUUUCUGCCCUAUCUUACAACAGUUUUAAUCGCUACCAUUCAAAGGAAUUGCUUCUGAAUGGAAUGGGCUCAUUUAGCUUGUAAAU